CUGCUGCAGCCAGUGGCCCAGGCGGUCCCGCGUCGCCCCCGCACAGGACAGGCCCCUCACGUUUAUUCGGCCCGGAGGAGCGCCGGGAUCCAGCCUGCUAGUGGCCACCGCUGAGGGAUGCUGCGCUCCACGUCCACGGUCACCCUGCUUUCGGGUGGCGGCUCCCGGACGCCCGGGGCGCCCAGCCGGAGGGCAAAUGUCUGCAGAUUGCGGCUGACCGUACCUCCAGAGAGUCCAGUUCCUGAGCAAAGUGAAAAGAAGAUUGAGAGAAAAGAGCAGCCUGCUGACCUAAGCAAGGGAGAAGCUACCAGGAAACUUCCUCAGGGUGUUGUUUAUGGUGUGGUGCGAAGAUCAGAUCAAAACCAGCACAAGGAAAUGGUGGUGUAUGGGUGGUCCACCAGUCAGCUGAAAGAAGAGAUGAACUACAUCAAAGACGUGAGAGCCACUUUGGAAAAAGUGAGGAAGCGAAUGUAUGGAGACUAUGAUGAGAUGAGACAGAAGAUUCGAGAACUCACCAAGGAACUGUCGGUUUCCCACGCCCGGCAGGACUAUCUAGAGAACCACAUCCAAGCCCAGUCGUCUGCCCUGGAUGAUUUUGAUGCCAUGAACUCAGCCUUGGCGUCGGACUCCAUUGGCCUGCAGAAAACCCUUGUGGAUGUGACUUUGGAAAACAGCAACAUUAAGGAUCAAAUCAGAAAUUUGCAGCAGACCUAUGAAGCAUCCAUGGACCAGCUGAGGGAGAAGCAGCGGCAGUUAGAAGUGGCGCAAGCGGAAAACCAGCUGCUGAAAAUGAAGGUGGAGUCGUCCCAGGAGGCCAAUGCCGAGGUGAUGAGAGAGAUGACCAGGAAGCUGUACAGCCAGUACGAGGAGAAGCUGCAGGAGCAGCAGCAGAAGCACAGCGCUGAGAAGGAGGCUCUUCUGGAACGCCAUCAACUGCAACUCCAACUCCUAGAGCAUGAAACAGAAAUGUCAGGGGAGGUAACUGCUUCUGACAAGGAGAGGUAUCAGCAGCUGGAGGAGGCAUCAGCCAGCCUCCGUGAGCGCAUCAGACACCUCGAUGACAUGGUGCAUUGCCAGCAGAAGAAGGUCAAGCAGAUGGUUGAGGAGAUUGAAUCACUCAAGAAAAAGGUGCAACAGAAACAGCUCUUGAUACUGCAGCUUCUAGAAAAGAUAUCUUUCUUAGAAGGAGAGAAUAAUGAACUACAAAGCAGGUUGGACUAUUUAACAGAAACCCAGGCCAAGACUGAAGUGGAAACCAGAGAGAUUGGAGUGGGCUGUGAUCUUCUACCCAGCCAAACAGGCAGGACUCGUGAAAUCGUCAUGCCUUCUAGGAAUUACACCCCAUACACGAGAGUCCUGGAGUUAACCUCAAAGAAAACUCUGACUUAGGCACUUGAGAUGCACACUUUUCACGGAAGGACAAAGACCCUGGAACCCUGUGGCUUGAAGUCUGGAAAGGGUGACUGUUGUUUCCUCACGUACACAGCGCAAGCAGGAUGGAAACUGCCAAGGUUCUGAUCCACUUCUGAGACAGGAAGAAAAGUGAAGGUGGGGGGCAGGAGAGAGGGAAAGGGGAUACGAGGUCACAUUUCAAACACACAGCCAGCGUCCACCACUGUGCUGCAUCGCCGUUCAUUUUCCAUGUAGACACUGAAUCCUAUCAGGAGAUUCCCUCACAAUUUAUUUUCUGUUUUGCUGGACUUUGGUUGGGAAGGAAAAGGGCAUCAGUUUGAAAUUUCAUGUUAUUCAGGCCAGGAAUGUUGGAUGCAGUGUGAAGGUUUUGUUUACCCGUAAAAGUAUUAGAGGCAGGGUUUCUCUGGACAGAGAAGCCUGUCUACGAGGAGCGUGGGCGCCUGGCAAGACUUGAACCUGGAGGAGAGGACUCCCCGCUUGCAGGUGCCUCUUGAUCCUGAGGAUCUGUGUUAGGGCUGCGGGAGCCACGGUGAGAGAGAGCCUUGUGUGGCCCAGGCAAGCUUCAUUCUGAUGUGCUCGUCCCCUGGUUUAAUUUGUGCCUUAGGCCUUUUUUGGACCAGCUAAAUCACUGUAUUUAUUUAACUUGUGAUUUUUUUUUCUUUAUCACUUUAAAGAGAAUUUUGUACGUGUGGAAAGUUAAUCACUGAAUGUUUU